CUGAGCCUCUCGUGCACCCGUAGCUGUUCACUUUUCCUCCACGUCAGCUGCAUCUGCGCACUGCUCUCAUCCACACAUACAUCAAGUUUCUUACACUGGUAAUCGGACAGUAAAACCUUUCCUGACGUGACAAUUAUCGCAUGGAGUGAUGUUUAAGAAGCUGAAGCAGAAGGUGAUUGAGGAGCAGUCGCCUCAGCGGAGCAGCGCGCAGGCGCAGGUGAGUUCAGGAGAGAGGCGUGCUCAACCCCCUUUCCUGCAUCAGGAUGCCUCGGCCUCCCCCAACGACAGAGAGCUGCUGGCUGGGAUGAUAGCAGAACCUGCUUUUCUCUCUGAGUAUACUAUCUUUGCUCUGGACCACUCGAAACGACCCAAAGCGGCCCAGGUGCCCAGUGCGAGCAUUGCUAAAGCAGCCGGCAGCUCUCCGAGAGGCAGUGUGAAUGGGGAUGGAAUCGCUUCUCCUCAGAAAGAGGAGCCUCAGUCUCUGGCCCAGAAGCUGCAGCAGAAGGUGUCUUCCGUGGAGUCUUUGCUCCGGGGUUCGGGUCGCGGUGAAGGGCUCUUCCGCUCCGGGUCACGGGACAGUCUGGCUAGAAGCUCCUCCAGAGAAUCCCUCACUCUCAUCGGAGAGAAUGACGCCCAGUCGUACGACCCUCCGUCAGACAUCGAGAGCGAGGCGGAAGACUCGCCUGGCAGCGUCGAGAGUCUGUCAAAAGAGCAGCUCUUAAACCGCCUGCACAGGGUGGAGAGAAGCCUCGGCAAUUACAGAGGGAAAUACUCAGAGUUGGUAACAGCCUACAGAACCGUACAGCGGGAUAAAGAGAAAACUCAGGCCAUCCUCAGCCAGAGUCAAGAUAAAGCCCUGAGAAGAAUAGGAGAGCUCAGGGAGGAGCUCCAGAUGGACCAGCAGACCAAGAAACACCUGCAGGAGGAGUUUGACGCUGCUCUCGAGGAGAAGGACCAGAUGAUCACUGUGCUUCAGACUCAAGUGUCUCUCUUGAAGAAGCGACUGCAGGAGUCUGGAGGUAUGGUAUCAUCAGAAGCUGAGACCUCUCAGUCCACGGAUGCGGUUGACGCGACCUCUGACAUUCAGAGCCCCUCGAAAGACGACAGCUCAACACUUAACACAGCAGAGGGCAGUGGAGAGCCAGGUGGCACGGUGGACCUCGAGUUGCUCCAGAAGCGAAUCAAAAGGCAAGAGAGUCUCCUGCAGAGAUGUAAAGAGAUGAUUCGCUCUAGUAAAGAGCGCUCCGCUCAGCUGGGCAGCGAGAACGAGGUUUUACAGCAGCAGCUGCAGGAGAGGCUGCAAGAGCUGGAGAAAAUGAAGGAACUCCACACUACAGAGAAGACGAAGCUGAUCACACAGCUGGGAGACGCCAAGAACCUCAUCGAGCAGCUGGAGCAGGACAAGGGAAUGGUCAUUGCUGAAACGAAGCGUCAGAUGCACGAGACGUUGGAGAUGAAGGAAGAUGAGAUCGCUCAGCUACGCUCCAGACUCCAGCAGACCCUCGCACAGAAAGACGAGCUACAGGAACAAAAAGAGAAAUCGGAGAAAGCCGCGUUUGAAGAGCUGGAGAGAGCCCUGGGUGUGGCCCAGCGGGCGGAGGAGGCACGCCGUCAGCUACAGGUGAGCAUGGAGGAGCAGGUGAAGCAGGUGGAGAAGGCCGGUGAGGAAGAGAGGAGAAGCCUGCAACAGGAGCUGACCAGGGUCAAACAAGAAGUGGUCACCAUUAUGAAGAGGUCCACCGAGGAUAGGAUAGCAGAAAUGGAGCGGUUACACUCAGAGGCUAUGGCUAACAAAGAACAGGAACUGAGUGCCCAGAUCAAACAGGCAGUGGAGCAGUGUCGUGAGGAGCUGUUGCAGUCGGCACAGGAAAGAGAACAGCAGGCAUCUCUCGCUCUGGAGGAAGCAGAGCUGCAGAAAGCUGCAGUUCAGUCUGAGGGGGAGAACAAAGCCAAGGAACUACAGCUAGAGUUGGAGUCUGCCAGAACGAGAAUUCAAGAACUUGAGAGUUGCCUCGGUAGCUCAGACAAGGAUUACACCAAAUCGGAUGAACUCCCUGUGCAAAUGGAAGAGCUGAGAAAGAAACAUGAGGCUGAAAUAGCUGCUCUAGAAGAGGCACAUAAGCAAGAACUUGAAAGAAAAAAGACAGAGCAAAUGAAAGACCUCAACCAGCAGCAUGAUGUUGUUAUGGAAGAGCUCAUGCAGAAACACAAGGCAGAGAUUGAAUCUAUUCUGAAAGACAAGGAGGAACAGUUCCAUUCCCAUGUGGAAGACAUGAACAAAAAGAUGCUUGAUAAACUGAGUGACAAACAGACAGAGAUUGAGACCCUGUCUUCUGAUCUCAGUGAAGUACUGAAUAGUAGACAGCAGUUAGAAGAGAGGCUGGCCUCUGUGGAGGCCAGCAGUGAAACCUCAAGACAAGAGUUUGAGGAAAGACUCAAGGAAGAACAAGCAAAAUAUCAGGCUGAGAUUGAAGCUGCGAUACAGAGUCAACAGUCGUUUGCAAUGGUGGAGAAAAUGCUGAAAGAAGAAAUAAAUCAGCUGAAGACUCUGUUGGAGAAGAAGGAAAAAGCACUAGAGGAACAUAUGCUCAGGGAAAAGACUUUGCAAGCAGAUGGAAGUGCUCAGUUGGAGGAACUUCGUCUCAGGGCACAGUCGAAUAAAGAGGCCCUUGAGGAAUCAAGAUCUCAGAUUAGCACCCUUACAGAAGAACUCCAUCAAACCAAGAAUCAAGUGAAAGAUCUUGAGCAAACCCUUGAGGCAGUGCGUAAUGAUUGUCAGGAGAAAGGAGUGUGUCUUGAACAGAAGACGACUGAACUUCAGGAACUAAUGCAGAAGAUGGAGCAAGUCAAGAGGGACCUAACUGAAAAUGAGAAUUUGCAUUCUGCAACCUGCAAAACAAUGCAAGAGGAGCAAAACCGAUUAAGGAAGCAGCUGGAUGACCAGAAGAGUUCAUACGAGAAGAAACUUGAGAACAUUAGGAAAGACGUGGAUUGCAAGCUGAAAUCCCAGGAAAACAAAAUGGAGAAAUUGAAGCAGAAAGCCAAAGAAGCACAGGACAAGUUGAAGAAGAAGCUUCAGGAUCAAGAGGAGAAUGCCAAAGCAGAGUUAUCUAAGACAGUUCAAGAGUUAGAACUGAAAGACCAGCAACUGAAGGAGAAGAUCCUUGAGGUGGCACAAGCAAGCUCUGAGGGCCUCAGCACCGCCAUGUCUGAUUUGGAGGCCAAUCACAAGGAGCACUUGUGUAAGCUUCAGGUUACCCAUAAACAGGAGCUGGAAGACCUUGUUCGCCAUUGGCAGGAGAAACUCAACCAGCAUGAGGAGGAGAUGCAAGAAAAACAUGCCCAGUCUUUGCAAGAGAAAGCCCAGGAGUUGGAGGAGAUCUCUCAGCUGCUUUCGGCCAGCAGGGAAGAAAAGGAACAGAUCAUGAAAGACAUCCAGAACCUCAGGGAGGAGCUUGCCAUGAGGGAAACCACUGUGCAGAAACUACAGACAGAGCUCAGGGAAGCAGCAAGCAAGGUGGAAAGUUUGUCUGAAGGGGAAGGUAUACUUAAAAGGCAAGUCGAAACCAUGGAGAAGAAUCUAAACCAGGCAUUGAAUGAACAAAAUCUUCUGCAGGAUGAACUGAGAAAGGCUGAGGAAACUAGUAAGGAGAAAUUGCAGGGCAUAUCUGAAGAGUUGAUAAACACCCAGCAAAAGAUGAGUUUGCUUGAAACAUCCAAGUGUAAAGAGGGUGAAGAUCUCCAGAGGACCCUUGCAGAAAAAAUGUCUGAACUUAAAAGUAAAGAAAAAGAAUUCCAGACACAAUUGUGUACAAUCACCAAGGAGUUCGAACAGUGUUGUCAGGAAGCCCAGGAUAAGUUAGAUGGUUUUUCUGUUGGGCUGUGUAAGAAAGUUGAGGAACGAGUUAGGGAGUUACAAAACCGGGUUAUUGGUAAUCAGAAUAAGGUAACAUAUCUAAAAAAUAGUAUCAUGACAAAGGACAACAGAAUCAGCACUUUAGAGAAAGAACUUCAGCAGACUUUGGAUGAAAACCAUAAUCUAAAGAGCUCUCUUGAUGAGGUAACUCUUCAGUUUAGUGCAAGUUCAGAGACUCUUAAAGCCUUACAAACCGAAAUGGAGUCUCUGCAAACUGAUGCGGAGAAUCGCUCCCAAGUACUUUCUGAGAAAGACCUUAACAUUGAGCAGCUUCGCGAGGAGAACAAAAACGUAUCAGAAAAUCUCAAUGCAAAUGUUUUGCAAAUCAGCAAUCUAGAAUCUGUCAUAAAUGACUUGAAGACCCAGUUAUCAAGUAGCAUAACUGAAAAAGAGGAAGCCAUAUCUCUGCUGAAUCAGCAGCACAAUGAGGACAAGGAGAGGGUGAUAAGCCAAAUGGGGGAGAAGGUGAAAAGUCUAGAAAAAGAAAAGACCUCGCUUCAAGAGCAGGUAGACUCACUCAGGAAUAAGUUCUCUGAGCUGAAAAAGAAGUUCAGUCAGAGUCACAGCACUGUUAAGUCUCUUCAAGAUAAAGUUGCGGACAUGGAGAGGCAGAUUGCGGAGAAGGACGGACAACUUGAGAUGCUCACUGCCAGCGUUGACAAUCACUCCAUUAGUAAGUCAGAGAUGGAUCAGGCACUUAGUGAGAAAGAUCAGAGGGUUCAUGCCUUGACCUCAGAGCUGGAAAUCUGUUCAAAGAGAGUUUGCGAUCUGGAGGAGCAGCUGGAAUUGCGGACAAAAGAGCGAGAACAGCUUGCAGCUGAUUUGCAGCAGCACCUUACCAUUAGGGAGAGUGAAAAGAUGGAGUUGAUGAAACAAGUGCAGGAAGCUCAAGAACAAAGCUCUCAAAAUGGCGCCCUAAUUCAGAAAACUGAGGAAAGUCUUCAGUCUUUAAAGAAAGAUGUUGAAACAGCCAAGCAGGAACUGGAAUCCCAGAGGAACAACUUUGAGAGGGAGAAGGCAGAGAUUCUGAGGGCAAAAGAAGAGGCGGUGAAGGCAGCCCAGGAAAAGGCGUCCUCCGAGACGGCUGGUAAAGUAGCUGAGUUGAAGAAGAAGGCAGAGCAGAAGAUUGGCAUGAUUCGUAAACAGUUGACUUCACAAAUCGAGGAAAAGGAGCAGGCUAUUAAAGACCUGCAGAUGCAGUUGGAUGGUAUCAAGCAAACCCAGACUGAAAAAGAAGAACGUAUAAAGUCUCUAGAGGAAAUUGAGAAGACAAUGGAGGAGGCCACCACAAAAUUAAAGGAAGAGCAUGCAAAACAUCUACAAGAAUUGCAGCAGAAAGAACAGUUGACUUCACAAAUCGAGGAAAAGGAGCAGGCUAUUAAAGACCUGCAGAUGCAGUUGGAUGGCAUCAAGCAAACCCAGACUGAAAAAGAAGAACGUAUAAAGUCUCUAGAGGAAAUUGAGAAGACAAUGGAGGAGGCCACCGUAAAAUUAAAAGAAGAGCAUGCAAAACAUCUACAAGAAUUGCAGCAGAAAGAAAAUGAGGAAAGACAGGCCUCUCUGCAAAACUUAAAAGAUAUGUAUGAAGAGAAGCUUGCUGUUCUUUAUAAAGACACAUCUGCAAAGGAGGAGCAAUUUGCUUUUGCUGCAAGGGAAACUUCUUCCAGACUCGAGGAGCUUGAGACCAAACUUUUGGAAUCUAAUGAACAGAUUACAAACUACGAAACCGAGGUAAGUCGCCUUAAAGAAGACCUGCUUGAACAGACAGCUCGAGUGCAAGAGCUUCAAAAGACAUGCCUGGAUCUUCAAGAACAGAUAAAGGAGAAACAGAUUGAUGAAGUAGAGAAUGAACAUGUUUCUGAAGUGCAAAUGACCUCUAGUAGAUUAGGAAUGGAGCCUGCAAUGUUAGUGGCCAAGGAAAGCAAGGACACUGCCAGGGACCAAGACGAAUGGACAAGUCAGAAGGACUUGUUGGUGAAGGAAUACGAGGAAAAGCUCCAAGAUUUACAGCAGAGGCUAGAAGAGAAAGAAAAUCAGCUAAAAGCACAACAGAGUUCACCUCAAGGAAACGGGGAGACUGAUAGUGAGUGCCUAAUCAACAAUGCAAACACCUCAGAGAAUGAUCUUCAGAGAAAACUGGUAGAGGCUGAGAACGAGAAGCAGAAGCUCCACAAAGAUUACACCAGACUACAAAAAGACCUUCGGUCUCUAAGGAAAGAGCAUGAGAAGGAGCUGGAUUUCCUGAAAAAGGAGAUGACUGAGGAGAAUGAGAAGAAGCUCAAGCUUGAAAUGGAAGAUAUGGAAAUGAGACACAACUCUUCUCUUAAGCAGUUAAUGAGGGAGUUUAACACCCAAAUGGCCCUGAAGGAAAAGGAACUGGAAGGUUCUGUUAAGGAGACCAUUGAGAAAGCUCAAGGUGUUGAGACUGAGAUUAUAAAUAGCCAUCGGGAUGAAGUCAAUCAGCUUCAGAAAAUAAUCGCUCAGAAAGAGGAAGAGCUAAACAGAACGGUUCAGCGUUAUGAAGAUGUCCUUCAGAGUCGUGAGGUGGAGAUGGGCGACCGCGUGUGGGAGGUGCAGAAGGAGUUAGAGGAGCUACAGCAGAGGAGUCUCAGCGGCCCACAGGGUCUUGAUGAGUUAAAGGUUCAGCUUGCAGAAAAGACAACCCUGUUGAGCGAGGCCAGGCUAAAAGAGCAGGAAUACCAUGACAGGAUUCACACUCUGGAAGACAAAAUAAGACGCUCCCAUAAAAAUGCAGUGGUCACUCACCUGGGAACCACAUAUAGAGAUAUGUCACACAACAGCGGCGACCCUUUCUCCGAGCCCACUGAAUACGAGUACCUCAGGAAGGUCAUGUUUGAGUACAUGAUGGGAAGAGAGACAAAGACAAUGGCCAAAGUCAUAACAUCCAUGCUGAAGUUUCCUCCGGACCAGGCGCAGAAGGUUCUGGAGCGUGAGGAUUCCCGUGUGAUGCCUUGGCUCCGGUAAGGUGGAUCCAGAACUGUGCCUGAACCUGCCUGACAAAACCACCGAUUCUCCUGCUGCUGCUGCUGCUGCUGACGGAUGCUACUGACAUGAAAGAGCCCGGCCUACUUAUCUAUAUGUGUGUGUGUGUGAGAGAGAGAGAGAGCUGUGUGUGUGUGUGUGUGUGUGUGUGCGUACGGUUACUGGUACAAGGGAACUAGGUUAGAUCAAGAAACUGAGAGAAAAUUUAAAGGAUAUUCUUAAAUUUGUAGCUUGCCAGAAAAUAAUUUAUUACAUGGAUUUUUCUUGCUUUCUCUUUUUCAUUUUGUUUUUUAGGUUAGACUGUUCUUUUUUUAAAGCUGCAUUUGUAUGAUUUGAAGACUUGUGCAAUAAGUUUGAUUGUAAGUUUCAGUUUGAUUACGAAUCAAUUUGUUUGUAUUCUUCUUUUUCUCUGUUUUAAGGUAAGAUGAAAUUACCCUUUAAUGAUCUGCACAGCACAUGUACAAUAUAGAGACACAGGCUCAUAGUAUGCAGAUUGUUUACUAUGCUUUUUUGUUUGUUUGUUUUUGUAACUUAAUACUGUAUUUUCGGGGAAACUGACUAAUUAGAACCAUGCUUCAUAUUGUAAAUAAUCAUUGAUGAAAAAAAGAGCUAUAAAUCUCUGUCAUAGGGCACUUUGAGGUGGUUAAUACAUUUUAAGACGGCUAAUAAAGUUUUAUUUACACUACA